CAUCAAACACCUGUGCUUCUGAGCCUACUUUGGAUCUAAAGGUUUCUUCUCUAACCCCAAUGGUCCCAUUAGCAGACUCGGGCAAGAAGGAGCUCACUGAGGAGAAACCGGAUCUAAAACAACCUCAGAAUGAAAGGCUUCAACCACUGCAAGUUCUAGAUCUAGCUCAGGAUGUUAUCCCUCAUCACUUGGAUCAGGUUUCUGCUGCAAUAGAAAUAUCCACUCAUAGAAAGCUCAGUUCUUUGGAAGAGCUCACACACUCUUGCUCUGCAGACCAAAGGCCUUACACAGUUAAAAUCCAAUCGGACACCGAGAAGGGGUCUGAAGAAUUCCUGCCUCAUCACACAUUCUCAAAAAAUGUGAAGCUUUUUUCGGGCAACCAAGGAUCAGCGGAUGCCUCCCCUGUGGUAUUAAGGAACUUUGAAAGAGAGAGGCAGAAGAUCGGAUCACACUGCUCUCUUCUCUUGCACAAUAAGAAGCCGGAGGUGGAGGGCAGCCGUGAUUACCUUGACCAGGAAGAAAUUGUGGAAGCAGUAAGCAAAAAAAAUCUUUCACCCUCACAACUUAGCACAACAGAGCUGUCUGGGCACAGUGAGCCUAGAAUAAUUCCCAUAGCUUUUGCCUGUGAUCUAGAUGCCUGCUUAACCAAUGUGCCUUGUCCGAUACCAGUUACAUCAACAUCAGGUUUUGCUUCUAAUGAGUUGAUUCCAUACAGUUGCAGAGAAGACCAAGAAGUAGUUGAUGUAGCUCAAAAGGUAACUUCAUCAACAAACACAAACACUACUGUCAGCACAAGUUCGACUCACUGUAAACAAGUUUAUCCCAAGCAGAAGAUCCCUGAACCUCCCUGCAGCCUGCAAGCCAGUCUUUCUCUUCUCUCAGACUCCAAUAAUAACACCAGUACCAAUUUAAAAGGUGCAGAGAGGGGUGGUGAUGUAGGUUGUUUCUCAAGACAAACCCAGAGCAAGUUUGAAAGAAGUGGGAGAAAACCCUGUCCUUAUUUUGAGCCAUUAAGAAAUCGUAAUUCUGACUUGGAGAGCAUAGGCAUGCCACAGAUGUUACGGUCUUCUCUGGACCGAAGGCGUAGCUGGAGCAGUGAGGACAGUGAUCUUGAUAACUAUAUCAAUUUAAGCUUGACUCGUGUAGAGGAGCCAAAAAAAAUGAAGACGGAGAGUAGCAGAGGGGAUAUCACUGUUGUUGAAAGUCAGAAGUAUGAGAGUUCUCACUCAAAAAGAAAUGAAAGCCCCUCUCACUUAGUGCUUAGUUCAGAUAGUCGAGGGCUUUUGGAGGACAGUGGAUUUAAAGAAGGGCAUCACUGUUGUAGAAAACCAGUGGAUAACAGCUUAUCUAACAGAGAAAUCAUUGGCUUGUCCCAAUCAUUUAAGGACUAUGCACUGGCCAAUGAGUGUAAAGACCACACACAGAUGAGCUUGCCAGCAUCCCAGCAGGAAAUGAGAGUAGUAAGGUACUCUCAACCGGAUGUCAGCAUCAACGUGCUUCCUGUCAGUAGUUUAGAGCCAAUUCUGGAGGCUGAUCGCUGUCUAGAAAAAUGUGAAACAGCAGCAAAUGAUUUCAAAAUAGAAACUAAGAAAGACUAUGAGACAAUGAGUCAUGCUUAUGAAUUUCGGGAUGAUGUUAACCUUUCAAGUUUCCAGAGUCCACACCAUCAGCAGAACCAGGAUUAUUUUAACCCUUCUAAGUUUGAAUCUGAGGAUAACCUUUCAAACCAAGAGCCCUGUAGCCCUGUGAAUGUUGCUUAUGAUGCUGUGUCUUACACCUCAGCUAGCAGCAGCUGUGAUGACUUGGAGGAUCCUCACUUGGCUCUUUCAGCUGCAAAUGUCAACAUUGAUAAAAUGAUCAAGAGAAGCAAAACAAAAGGCAACCAGACAGGAAAUAAAGGAUCGAAGUUUUUUGUUUUUUCUAAAAUCCCUUCUUUAAAGAAGGCUAAGGGCACAAAGGGUUCCAUAAGUGAGGAGGUACCCAACAAGGUGUCAGAUGGAGGAGGUGAGAGCUUUUUGACUGAGGAAGGCCUACAGAGGGACAACACAGACGAUGAGGUUUUUUUUAAAGAUGGCAUCCUCAAUCAAACAGCUCACCGUGCAUUAACAUCAUUGCAUUGUGAGACAGAGGAAGAGGACUAUGGCUUUUUCUCCUCUUCUCCCAACCCUUGCCAUGUUCUUCAGCUAGUCAGUGAGGGGAGCAGCAAGGGAGGUUAUGGGGUACCAAGUCCAGACAACCUCCUCUUGGGGCAGGUCCAGUCACCUAAUGGCCAGGCUUACAGGAAAGGCAAGAGCAAUGACAAUUUAAACCUCCGCAUGCGCUUUGCACAAGCACACAAGUCCCUUUCCAGCCUGUUUGAGUCCCGUUCAAUGGACAAAGAUAAUGAUGAGCAGGCCACUGGUGACAUUGAUAAUCAUUCUGGUAAAUCAAAACAAUCCUGGAGGAAGCUGAAAAAGGCCAAGGAGGCUGAGAUGCUAAAAAGAACUCUUUCAGUACAAGAUGGGGAAUGUAGAAGUAAGGCUUCAUGGAUGGAAUGUGGAGACUUUUCGUCCUCUCCCCUCCUCCACAAGCUCAGCAGUCAAAGGUCACCAUCCUCCCUCAGAGCACUUUGCCACACGGAUCCCAUCUCAAAGCGUGGAGUUCCACAUGGAAGUGUAAAGGAAAGCCUCCAUGGGUGUAAAUCUGAGGGUCAGCGAAGAAAGGGUUCACUCCAGAGUCCCCCUACCACUGUGUGUGUGUCUGGCCCAACUCCGCUUUUAAAUGACAUUUUCUUCCCCCUGUCCAGUCAGACCUCACCUCUGAGCCCCUUGUCACCAGCUUCCCUUAUUCAUCAAGUUUUGCCAUCCCAGAACAGGUGCCAACCUGAGCAUUCCACUGAGAGUCCCCUUCGGCCAAUGAGUCCUAAACCGAGUCCUAGCCCUAAACCGGGGACUCAGCGCAAAAUAUAUUGUUACCCUCUCUUAGCAAAGGCUAGUUCUGUUUCUCCGAUCCUUCUGAGCCAGUCAGUUAGCGAGGAGGGAUUGGCAGAUCCCCCUGAGAGACCUAAAACCCUCAAACCCUCAACCAGCCCUCUGGGACUCAGCCUCAGCCCUCAGGAUUUGGUGGAAAGCAGAAUUGACUGCCAUUCAAACAUCAGUCUGUAUGCCAUUGGCUGCAACAGCGAAUUAGAGGGCACAAAAAAUGUUGACCAAACUUCCUGCCAGACCAGAAAAAGAAAGCUGUUUGUGGAGAAGACAGAGGGGAAAGCUUCUGUGGUUCCUGGUUGGUUGAGGGACGGCCACUGGGUGGUUAUGGUCGAUAAUGGAAGUGGCCAGCAGCGACGGCAAAAGUGUUCAGAUGACCUAUGGAUUGAAGAGCAAAAGAAAAACAAACGUAAACUGGCCAGAGUCAUCAGGGGGAGCCUGGGCCAACUCCACACAAUGUUAUCUCAAGACAUGGACAAAACUGAUCAUGGAGUCACCUUAGGGCCCAUUGAAGCCUUCCAUGGGAAGCCCCUUAAGGCUCACUGCUUUUCCCAGAGCACCCCCAUUGGUCUUGACUGCCUAGGCUGGAGGAGCCGCGUCUUAUACUCCUCUGUGGUUGUUCCUGAUGGGGCUUCAGAGAAGGCAGGGUUUGGAGAUGACCUGGGCAGUGAAGAGGACCUGCUGUAUGAAGAGUUUCGCAGUUCCGGACAUCGUUUUGGACACCUGGGAGGAGGAGGAGGAGAACAGUUGGCCAUAAAUGAGCUGAUCAGUGAUGGCAGCGUGGUAUAUGCCGAGGCUCUCUGGGACCAUGUCACCAUGGAUGAUCAGGAGCUGGGCUUCAAGGCUGGUGAUGUCAUCGAAGUAGUGGACGCCACCAACAAAGAGUGGUGGUGGGGUCGUAUCAUGGACAGUGAGGGCUGGUUCCCUGCCAGCUUUGUGCGGUUGCGUGUAAACCAGGAUGAGCCCAUGGAGGAGUACCUGGCCCAUCUGGAGGAGGCUCAGGCCGGAGAAAAGGACCGGGCAGGUCUGGGCUUGUUGCUGGGACCUGGUUUACCCUGCAAAGAGCAGAUGAGGACCAAUGUCAUCAAUGAGAUCAUGAGCACAGAGAGAGACUACAUCAAACACCUGAAAGACAUCUGUGAGGGUUAUAUCAAACAAUGCCGCAAGAGGACGGACAUGUUCAACGAGGAGCAGCUUCGUACUAUCUUUGGCAAUAUCGAAGAGAUCUAUCGAUUCCAGAGAAAGUUCCUGAAAGGUCUGGAAAAGAAAUUCAACAAGGAGCAGCCCCACCUCAGUGAGAUCGGCUGCUGCUUCCUAGAACAUCAAACAGAUUUCCAGAUCUAUUCCGAGUACUGCAACAACCACCCCAAUGCCUGCGUUCAGCUCUCCAAGCUCAUGAAGGUCAACAAGUACGUGUUUUUCUUUGAGGCCUGCCGACUGCUCCAAAAGAUGAUUGACAUUUCCUUAGAUGGCUUUUUGCUCACCCCCGUUCAGAAGAUUUGCAAGUACCCACUGCAGCUGGCCGAGCUGCUAAAAUACACCAACCCUCAGCACAGGGACUACAAAGAUGUUGAGGCAGCCUUAAAUGCCAUGAAGAAUGUGGCCAGACUUAUCAAUGAGAGGAAACGGCGCCUUGAGAACAUCGACAAGAUCGCCCAGUGGCAGAGCUCAAUAGAGGACUGGGAGGGUGAAGACAUCUUGAGUAGGAGCUCUGAUCUCAUCUUCUCAGGGGAGUUGACCAAGUUGUCCCAGCCUCAGGCCAAGAGUCAACAGAGAAUGUUUUUCCUCUUUGACCAUCAGAUGGUUUACUGCAAAAAGGAUCUCUUGCGCCGGGACAUGCUGUACUAUAAGGGUCGGAUGGACAUGGACCACAUGGAGGUGAUAGACGUGGAGGACGGCAAGGAGAAGUACUUCAACAUCAGCGUGAAGAACGCCCUGAAGCUACGGUCGCUAGCUGGUGACGAGGUCCAUCUUUUGUGUGCCAAAAAGCCCGAACAGAAACAACGUUGGCUACGAGCUUUCACUGAUGAGAGGAGUCAAGUCCAGCAUGACCGCGAGACAGGCUUUUCUCUCACAGAGGUCCAGAAGAAACAGGCCAUGUUGAAUGCCUGCAAAAGCCAUCCAGCUGGAAAACCUAAAGCGGUGACCAGACCCUACUACGACUUCCUCCUGCGACAGAAACACCCCUCUCUCCCCACUGCUCUGCCCCAGCAGCAGGUCUUCAUGCUUGCCGAGCCCAAGCGCAAAACCUCCACUUUCUGGCAUAACAUUGGCAGACUGACACCUUUCAAGAAGUAAAAAACAACAACAACAACAACAACAACAACAGGAAGGAAAAGAAAAGCAGUGGAGGGAGGGACAAGAGGAGGAAAAAGAGAAAGAGCUUUCUGCUCGUGCCUGAAUAGACCCUUUUUAAUUCUUCCUCUCCUUUCUUUCUUUCAUACUCCUAACAACGCCCUAAUUGUCAUACUGAUUUAUUGUAUAGAUGAGAAUGAUUAUGAUGAGAAGAUUAUUUUUGAAAGCACUUUAUAGGUUGGUUAACAAUCAGAUUUAAAUAUGGUCUCCUGGAGACGGUGAGUCAAAAAGGGAGAGUGGACUAAAACUUCUUCUACACCUUCAAUCAAGCGCCGGUUGGUACUAACAUGACUACUGUACUGCUGCAAGUGAACGUGGGACAACGGACAGUUCCACCUCACUGAAUAUGUUGGCUGUCUACAAAAAAUGGUCUUUGUUCUAUUGUUUUAUGAUUUGAAAGAUGCCAAGUGCUCACAGUGCCCAAGUAUUUGUUUUAUUUGUUUAUUUUAUGUAUACAAUUAAAGAAAAGGUCAAAUAGGGAUUCUAUGGUAUGUGUCUACAUUGGAACAAAGUGAAGGGUAUAUAGGUGAUACAAAGUUUACUGUGCUUUACUACUUGCCAGUAGUACUUUCAGUCAAAUGUCUGCUGACUUGUUGAGUAUUUCGUGAUCUCCAUCAGCGAGAACUUGUUGUGUAUGUCUGGUGCAUUAUUGACAUCGUGCACACUUGAUUAAGUCACGAAAUGCAGACAGCAGAAGAAUCGUUAUUAUCAAAAACUAGGAACUUUUAUUUCAACAAACAGCAGAAAUGUACACACUCCAGCAACACACAUUCCUUGAGUCUGAUCCUUCGACUCCUCCUUAUAACCUCCAUGUCAAGUAAGUAAACGAACAAGCUGUUUUUUCUUCCUUUUUUCCUUUUUUAAGUGCCAUUUGAAGUGUGUCAAUGAUGAUUUACAAUGACGUGCAUGGAUGUGAUGAAAAAAAAAAAAACUACUGUGAAGAAUAUUUUUUUAUCUCUGAAGACCCCUUGCUAUAUUUAACUAGAUUCAGGAACUGAGGUUUCAAUGUGCUACUAGGCUGACAGCAUUAAUUACACUCUUCUUUUAUCUACCUGUACUUCUGAUCUCCAGUAUUCCUGCUCUGUGUAUCCGGUCUUCAUUAUAAUCUCAUUUCAGAUCAAUGCAGCCCAGUAAUAUUGCUCUGUAAGUGCAUUCAGUGAAAUGUACUCCUUUCACUUUUAUGUUCAAGUGUUUUCGCUUCUGACAAUAUGGAAUAUUAAACUUUCCUAAGCUGACAAAACA